AUGCCACUUUUUAGCUGGGUGAAAUGGCCGAAAAAUGAUUCCUACAAACAAACACACUAUGCUGGAUCAGACGUAGUGACAAAGACUCUGCUUCGGGAAUUAAAAUGGCAUCUAAAGGAGCGUGAGAGGUUAACACAAGAGAUCGAAAAUGAACAAAAAGUGAAAAAAACAGGCGUGGAUUACAACUGGCUGAGAAACUACCAGAAUCCUGAUCCGACCAUCCCAGCUACCGAGCAAAGACAGCUGGAAGUUCUCUGCUCACAACUGCAGCCUUGUCAAACCGGAGCUGUCCUCAGCAGAUUUCGAGAACUUUUGGCAGAAAAUGAUGUACUUCCCUGGGAAAUUGUCUACAUCUUCAAGCAAGUUCUGAAAGACUUCCUCAGCAGUGCUGACAAAGAGGGUCAUCGUGCUGGCCUGUGGGACUCUGCCACCUGUCCCCCUGCCCCUGCGCUCCCAGAUGAAAGCUCUGAGAGGCCAGACAAAGAUGAAAUACCCACUAUUUCAAGCUAUGUAGACAGAAAUGCCAAGAACAGGUUCCCACCAUGCUCACACAGAGUAUGGAACCUGCCGUACUAUGACCCACCAAGGCUGCAGCACACACCUCUGGGGAGUCAGAGCCCAUCAGGGCUACUCGCCACAGGAAGUUAG